GACAUCUUGUUGAAGCUUCCAUUUGCACAACCAAGGGAGAUGCACAAAUGAACUAUACAACAAAAUGUGAAUCUACAUCAAAUGAAAAACAAAUUCCUAUAAACACUGAUAGUUGUACAAGCACAGACCAUACACAGACAGAAUAUGUACCUGACCUUAUUAAGGUAGAAUCAGACUCAUGUGAAAUCGGCACUCUCUCCAGUAUCAAGGUUUAUACACCUACAGGAAAUCAACAGAUGGACUAUACAUCAAAUAAUGAAUCCGUAUUAAACAAAGAAGAAAAUUCAGGAGACAUAGACAUUUAUGCACCCAGAGAACAUACGCAGACAGAAUAUUCAUCCACUCUUAUUAAGGAGGAUUUGACAUCAUAUGAGGAUGGAAAUUUCACCACCUUAGACCUUCUUACCCCCACUUGUCAUACUGAAAUACAAAACUAUUCUGAAUGUAGAAAAUGCUUCACUGAAACUUCAGAUAUUAAUAAACAUGUAAGGAUUCAUACAGGAGAAGAAACAUCAAAUCACAAUAAACUUAUGAAUAUUCACAUGGGAGAUAAAUCAUUUUCCUGUUCAGAAUGCGGAAAAAGUUUCAAUCACUCUUAUAAUCUUAAGGCUCAUCUAAAGAUUCACACAGGAGAGAAACCGUUUUCAUGUUCUGUAUGUGGGAAAUGUUUUGCUCGCAUGUCAAAUCUUAAGAAACAUCAAAUGACUCACACAGGAGAGAAACCAUAUUCAUGUUCAGAAUGUGGGAAAUGUUUCAGUUACUCUUCCGCUCGUAACAAACAUCAAAGGAUUCACACAGGAGAGAAAUCAUUUUCAUGUUCAGAAUGUGGAAAAUGUUUCAGUGACCCUUCUAAUCUUAAGACACAUCAAAGGACUCACACAGGAGAGAAACCAUUUUCAUGUUCAGAAUGUGGAAAACGUUUCAGUGUCUCUUCCGCUCGUAACAAACAUCAAAGGAUUCACACAGGAGAGAAAUCAUUUUCAUGUUCAGAAUGUGGAAAAUGUUUCAGUGACCCUUCCAGUCUUAAGACACAUCAAAGGACUCACACAGGAGAGAAACCAUUUUCAUGUUCAGAAUGUGGAAAACGUUUCAGUGACUCUUCCUCUCGUAACACACAUCAAAUGAUUCACACUGGAGAGAAACCAUUUUCAUGUUCAGAAUGUGGGAAAUGUUUUAGACAAAUGGCAAAUCUUAAGACCCAUCAGAUGAUUCACACAAGAGAAAAAACUAUUUCUUGUUAAGAAUGUCUGAAAUGUUUCAUUGUUCAAUGCUACACUCCAAUUAAUACAUUAUUUAGAAAUAAGAACCAUUGAAUGCUACCCUGCACUACUGCGCCGUGUGCCCGUCCACCUACAAAUUUGCCUUCGGAAGAGAAGGGGGUAAAACAAAAUACCAGGGGUGGCCAAACUUCAUACUUGUUAGAGCCUCAUGGUAACAUUUAGAA